CAGCCAGCAGCUGAGUCUUUCCGUUGUGAAUCUCGUGGGUUAGAGACGCGAUUUUCUCGUGAUCACAUUUCAUCUGCGUUUUCUUCUAAGAAUCCGUAACAAAAACUACCAAAAUGCCUCCCAAAUUCGAUCCAAAUGAAAUAAAGAAAGUAUUUUUGCGAUGCGUUGGUGGUGAGGUAGGAGCUACUUCAUCUCUUGCCCCUAAAAUCGGUCCUCUUGGUUUGUCUCCGAAGAAAGUUGGUGAUGACAUUGCCAAGGCCACCAGUGACUGGAAAGGUUUGAAAAUCACAGUCCAGCUGACUAUUCAGAACAGACAAGCCACGAUCACAGUCGUGCCAUCGGCUGCUUCUUUGAUAAUCAAAGCUCUCAAAGAGCCGCCCAGGGACCGCAAAAGGCAAAAGAAUAUCAAGCACAGUGGUAAUCUGUCAUUCGAUGAUAUCGUUUCCAUUGCCCGUGCUAUGAGAUCGAGAUCAAUGUCGCGAACACUCGGCGGUACUAUCAAGGAAAUUUUGGGCACGUGUCAGUCAGUGGGAUGCACCGUAGAAGGCAGACCAUCUCAUGAUCUUAUAGACGACAUCAACGCUGGAGAAUUGGAAGUUCCGGAGGAAUAAUUGUUGAUUUUGUAAGGUGCA